CGUGGACCUAUUGUGGGAUAGGCGAAUUGUAGAUUAAAUUGAAACGAUUAAUAUUACUUUCCCAUUCAGUAACAGUUUGGGACUGAAAUCUCACGAGGUCUCCAGGAGUGUGGGGGAGGGAGGAUGUGUUUGGGUUCCGCCGCUGGUUGCCUGGUGACCAGAGUAACACUCCGCUGGCAGCCGGGAGGGAGUUUCUGUGACCGAGAGGGCAAGGAGACCUCACAGGAUGGCCCGGCCGGUGGAGAAAGCACCAAAAGAUGCCGUGCAGCAGCUGGCCAUUGACCGGGAAACCAUCAGGAAAGAACUCCGCAGCCAGAAACUCUACACAAACUUCAACAUCAACUUCCGCACGAAGUUCCAUUGUAUUACAGGAAAACCUAAUGUUUGCGAUGUGGAUAUGGAAGGGGAGGAGGAUCAGCAGUUGUCCGGAAUACUAAGGCGCAACUUUUUGGAGCCAAGGAUGAAAUACACCAUGCCCCAGACAGAAGCUCAGGAGAUUGGCUGGAUAACGACUCCACUGGUUUCUUCAGACCGGAAUGAUCGGAGACUGAACUUCCCUCACCAAAGCAAUGAAAUUACAAGAUUUAUGGCACAGUACUUUCUUCAAAAGGAAAACUCCAAUAAUUAAUGGAAGGCACAUAACAUUCCUUUGACGUACGUACUGGUUAUGACAAGACUUAAGAGAUGUAAACAUAACAUGAGCAAGCUAGUUGUAAUUUUGCAUAUUUGUCGAGAAUAAACAUGCAUAACUGCUGGAAAAUAG